CACAAGUUUUACCAAAAUGUUUAAUCGAGUUGUUGUAAUGUGUCGUAUUUCAGCAAGGUUUCGUGUUUCGAAAUUGACACAAGUUUUUUAUUAUGCCGUCAUCUUCAUAUUUCUUGGGGGAGUUCUACCUUUGACAGCAGGCACCCAAUUGAAAGAUAAGGUCGACUAUGGGCGAAAUUGUACCACAACUGAACAAUGCUUCACCCCACAAUCCAUCUGUCUAAAUGGAACUUGCCAAUGUUCUCCGGAUUACAUUCAUGAAUUUUUCCAAGGCUAUAUCCACAUUUGUAAAGAGGAGACCGGACAAAUUGAGGGAAUUGUGAUAAUCGAGGAUCAUCCUUGGGUGAUUAAGAAUGAGACAUGCUUGCAAACAGAAUCUGAAGACGUGGCUUCUUCAUGUCGUGAUAGCCCUUGUUAUUCCGGAUUGUUGAUCGACGUUCUACAUCAGAUAGAUGAAAAUGUCAAAAUUUUAGAAAAUUGUACCCUACAAUUGAUACAACAAGAGAGAAAUGAUUCAGCAGGAAGUAUUAAUCGGAAUCAACCCGGCUGGACGGAUGAGAUGUUGUCAACUAUUAAGCUCAAUGAGACGGACUUGGUGCUGGCUCUGGUAAACUUUACCAAUCCAUGGUCGCGUUCGGUAGUCAAACUUUCGACCCCGUUAUUUGUCACGCUCGAGAAUUACACGUAUGGCUUGGGAUACUCGAACCGUCUCCCGCACAAGACCACGUUUCAAUUCGACUUAUCGCUGGCUAACGAGUUUAUUGAAGAUUUUGGAGCGCCCCUUUUUCAAAAGUGGUUCCAGAAUAUUACUUCGCUUUGGACUGUGGAAAAACAGUUGACGCCAUGGACACGAUCAACCUUACCAAAGAUGGAAAUCGCUAAAAUUAUGGAGUCAUUUUCACCCGUUGAAUAGAAAAGUAUUUGCGUGCAUGGAUGUUCCUAAUUUUCUGUGAAUUUAAUAGAUUAGUCAAAGUAGAAAAAUAAAAUAUUGAACCUACA